UCUUCAGUUACUUAAAUGUUAAUGGUAACGCUAGGUGCAAUAAUAAGCCAAGAGCGAACCAAUUAGUGUUAGUGUAACAAGUAGUUGAAAUUAAAACUAGUUAAUCAGUUUUUGUUGUGUGAUCUGAUAAGUUUAGAAUAUUAGCCUAAGUAUUAGCCAGUGCAGUAAAAGUUAUGGAUUGGAAUGUGAUAAAAUGUUUUUGGUUGUCGGAGAAGAUUUAUGGAUGAUAACGAGCUGAAGAAUAUAGCUAUUAUAAUAUUCAUGGUUAUUCAACAACGGGAACUAUAAGAAGGAUGAAUUUUUUAAAGAGGUCGAGGCAAAGGACCGGAUAUGGUGAAAUUUUAGAAAAGUUAAGAAGGGAUUUUUAUGAGAGAUGGGAGAAAAACGCCCCAUCGUCAGCUGAAGGUUUAAAAGACUUUGACAGGUUUAAAACGCUAGGUACUGGUUCCUUUGGACGUGUGUUUUUGGUGCAACAUAAGCAAAACAAAAAUUAUUACGCCAUGAAAGUAAUAGAUAAGAUCAGGAUAGUGAAGUUAAAACAGGUGGAGCAUACAUUGUACGAAAAGAAAAUUCUAGAAUCAGCCAGAUUUCCUUUUCUGAUCUCUUUAGAAUUUUGCUUUAAGGACAACAGCUAUAUUUAUCUGCUCAUGCCUUUCGUUAAUGGCGGAGAAAUGUUCACACAUUUGCGGAGAGCUCGUAAGUUUGACGAAAGUCUAGCUAAGUUUUACGCCGCUCAAGUUUUGCUAGCUUUAGAAUUUUUACAUUACUGUGAUGUGAUCUACAGAGAUCUUAAACCUGAAAAUAUAUUAAUCGAUAUUAAAGGAUAUUUGAAAAUUGCUGAUAUGGGAUUCUGCAAGAUAGUCAAAGGUAGAACUUGGACACUUUGUGGUACUCCUGAAUACAUAGCUCCAGAGAUCAUAUUGAGCAAAGGCUAUGGAAAAGCAAUAGACUGGUGGUCUUAUGGAGUACUUCUUUUCGAAAUGUCAGCAGGUUAUCCACCAUUUACUUCCAGUGAUCCUAUGAAGGUAUAUGAGAAGAUAAUCGCAUGUAAAUACAAAUGUCCUGCCUUCUUCACAUUAGAGUUAAGCGAUUUGAUAAGAAAUCUACUACAGAAUGAUUUAACACGGAGGUACGGAAAUCUGAGGAACGGAACUGCCGAUAUCAAAGGACAUCGCUGGUUUCAUCACAUAAACUUCGAAGGGAUAUUCAACAGACAGAUCGAUCCACCUUUCAAGCCGAAAAUCAAGUCGGCCGCCGACACGUCAAAUUUCGAUGACUUCCCCGAGUCCGAACUGAAAAUCAGCAAGACCAACUUAUUCGAAGAUCAGUUCGAAAAGUUUUAAUCGUUACGUAUUCGUUUUUCUUUUGCGAGAAGAAAAAAAGUAUUAUUUUGCAUUUACAUUUAAGUAUAGAUUUUUAUACCUGCCUGAAUGAUAAGAGAUAUGGGUAUUGUAAAGGAAAAUGUAUAUUAUUAUCAUAAUUUAAUAUUGUGGGAUGGACAUUUUAUAAUCGAGAAAACUAAAUGAAGAGUGGAAAUACCAAAGGGGUUAAGUGCCAAUUUUUUCAAUAUUAACUUAUUGCAUUAGAAACGUAAUAAAUAUCAUGCUGCAUGUCCUAACAAAAGUUACAAGUGCCAAGCGAAGGCUUCUAUUUUUUAUGUAUAUUAUAAUAUGCAUUUUUACAUACGAGACACACCCGGUAUACAUGAUUAUUUUCAUAUUUUAGUCGUUGUAAUCAAAUAAUAUGUACUAAAUAUAAGAUUUAAAAGAGGUGUAACUACUACCUGCUAACAUAUCAAUAUCUUUUGUCAUUCUAGGGUGGUAUUUGUCAGUUAAUCUUGAUACUUUUCAUAUCGUUGAAUGUGUAUUAAGGAAUACCUAUUAAUACCUACAUGUAUAAACGUUAAUUAUUUUAAACUGUUAUCUGAGUAAUGUUGGAUGUUUUAAUUUUUACUGUUUCAAUUGUUGAAUGGUAUUUAUUUUUAUUGACUAUUCCAGGUGUUUGUAAUGCUUUUGUGAAACACAUUAUAGAUAUUCGGUACUUAAA